AUUAAAACAGACUCACUCAAGAAUGUAUUUUUUGGAUUCUGGUUCAAUUGCAUCUUAUAAUUUACGAAGCACAAAAAAUUCGAAUUAUCUUGAAUGUAAACACCACGUUGGCAGUGAAUUUAUACGCAAUCCACUUGUAAAUGUAUAAAAAUGUAUUUGCAUCCAUUGACUUGAGUUAGUUUCAAACAAACGUCUCUUAACUAAGAUAAAAAUGAAACCGUUUUUAUUGUUGACACUUUGGUCGAUUUUGCUAUUCGCUCAGAUCAACUGCCAAAAUGUGACAUAUCAAAAACUGCUACAGGAGUUUUAUAAACGAUCAACUGAAAAAUGAUUCCAAUUGAAUGAAAAAUUAGAUUUCAUGACAGCAAUGUCGAGAAAUGUUCCUUAUAUUAUACCCGAUUUAAAUCGUCGUAUGCCGCACUUUAUGCGUGGUGAUAAAAAGGAACGUUUCAUGAAGAAAAUUCCUUGGAAUUUGGAGUCGAAACCACCCAUUUUGAUGCAAAUGGGUCUGAAACCAGAUAAGAUGAGCGAUGUUCUUUUCCAUAGAAUCGAUUCGCUAAAUGAUGGACAGACUAAAAUACUGCCAACAGAGCUCAAGAUAAUUAUUGAAUCACUUAAAGAAACUUCACCACAUAAAUACAUUCCGAACUUCGAUGAAUUGUUCAAAAAAUGGCAAGAUAGGAAGCUUGAUACAAAACGUGUCACAGACAUUCAAGGCUACCUGGAUAUUUUGAAUCGAGCCCGUGAAGGAUAUAAUAACCAAUUCACAACAAAAAUUGCUAAAAUUCAGGAGUUGAAGAAAUCACUUUCAAUUCAAAUGGAGGAAUGUACCGCCGUGGCCAAUCAAAUUUUGGGCUUGAAGCCGCUCGUGAAGACAAUAGAGAAAACUAUUGUUGAUUUUGAGACAUUGCCAUUGUCAUGACAAUUGAAGCAUACAGGAUACAAACUAUAAUACACGAAGAACUUCUAAAUUUGAGAGAAAUUGUUAAUUUUUAUAAUGAACAACGUGCCACAUGGACGAAGUAUAUAAUCGGCGAAUCGAAAUCAUUGGACGUCAAAUUUUUAUAGAUCGACAAUGUUCCAAAAAUGACAGUUUUAAAAAUGUAUUGUAUUUAAAGAGAAGGGUUCAUAUCUAUCUUAAAUAAAAUCGAUAUAAAAUUGAA